CCCAGUAAAAUUGAUUAAAAUCGAUAGAUUUGUUUUAAUUAUUGUGAACAAAUGAUUUUCUUGGUGUGAUGAUCAUAGUUAGUUGAUUCCGUUACAUUCUGUCUAGUUCGAAAAUUUUCAUGAAUAUAGGUCCGGAUGAUCAUGUAAAUUUCAUGAGUUAGCUUGGUUUGAAACAUUUCAAGGGAUGGGUUUUGGUCUUCGGUAAGUACUCUCUAUUAUUGCUAGCAGUAUGACCCCUCCUUCGGACCUCGAAUUACUGUUUUUAGUCUGGUCAUUCCCUAACCGAAUCGCCUAACAUGGUAGAACCUAAGAGAAUUAAUAUUUCAGCCAUUAUAGUUCAAACAGGUCAUCACAAUAUCCAAGUCCAAGUACCACAUCAUGGUAGGGAUGGCUAAUAUUUAUUUAGUAUUUUAUCAUAAGAAAAAACUAAAUUCAUUUCAGUUUUUCAGCGACUGCCAAAAAAUGUAUACUAUGUAUAUACAUUUUAACUGCCUAUGAAACAAAAGGUUUGUAGUCUUCACAUAGACUAGUCGAUAGUUGAGCUUCUACAAUAUUUUUGUCAUAUCCUGAUAAUUAUAGUUGUUGUUUUUUGCAUAAUUGAAAUUCCGACAAACUUUCUAGGAUUUCACUCACUGUUAAAGUGUUCUUCAUUCAGGGGACUCAAACUUGCUGCUAACCACUUCAUUCUGUUAUUUCAUUAAGAUUAUUGUUUUUAAAUUUGAUUGGUAGCAUUUUUAAUCAAACUUUUGCUGUGUUCAUGUUUCAGAAUAGAUGACUACACUUGACAAUAUUGAUCAAGAACCAGAACAUGGAAGUAAUGAAUUAGUUUUGUCAGAAAAUAAAGAAAACAAUACCAGUGAUAAUCAUGUUAAUAAUGAAACAGAUCAAUCCAUAGGACAUAUGCGUGAUGAAGCCUUAAGGCGUAAAGAACGUUUAAAGCAAUUACGUAUGAAAAAUGCAUCACAUAAAAGUAUCAUACACUUAAACAAUAGUGAUGAUGGAGAAUUACCCAAACCGAUAUUUCGAAAUUACAAACCACAGUCAGAAGAAUUAAAGGAUGGUGAAUUGCCUGCUGGUAAACCAGUAGAUCUGAACAAGCACAUCAUUGCACAACUUGAAGCUGCUGAUGCACCAGUUAUUGUUGAUGAAGUUAAUUUGGCAAGUCUUGCACCUCGUAAACCUGAUUGGGAUUUAAAAAGGGGUGUUGAGAAGAAAUUGCGUAAAUUAGAACGUCGAACUCAACGUGCUAUUGCUGAAUUAAUCCGUGAACGUCUUCUUGAAUCAAGUGUCGACUCCACUGAGACAUAUACAAACCAUCCGAAAUCAAUUGAAUGA